AUGGAUUCAGAGGCUGCCGAGAUGGAUGACCUACGACCCCUGCUGCUGUUCUUCGACUGCGAGGCCGCGAGGGGAAAUGUAUUCCGUGAUGACAUCAUCGAGAUCGCGGUGAAGUGUCAGCCAGACCUGCAUUCCACCGCGGAGUUUGACAGCCUCAUUCACACCAGUCAGCGCAUCUGUAGUUUUGGACAGGAGAAUGGUUUGACUGCGAGGGCGUUGAAGGGGCAGCCGAAGUUCCCGGAGGUUCUCGACCGGCUACUGGUCUGGUGUGACGGGGUCGUGGAACAGGUCAACCGACAAACCAACUACAAGCACUACCCAGGUCGGCAUAGAGCGAUGGUGGAUGUACAGUUGCUGAUUAAGAUUUUCUAUGAGACUCCUCUGCACCAGUUUCUGUCCACUCUGCCUAUCUUCAGUACAGAGGAAUGGAAAGUGUUUUAUGAGACAAAGAAGGAAAUUAUGAGGGACAAGAGAGAGUUUGGAGAUAAACUGUGGUUCCUGCAUGAAGUGCAUCAGAAGUUUGUGAUCAGGUCUCUGGUAAAGCACGGUUUAAACUACGAGGGACUGAAGGACUUCUAUCAGCAGUGCCGCUCUGUUCAGCAUUUCAAGCAAGAAAUGAGAGAGCUGAUGGAUACACACGUGAAGUCAUUUUCCAUCAAAAGGAUAGCUGAGCACUUCUCAAGGGAAAACCUACCCCAACUCGGAACCAUUCCGAAAACACAAGUGACAACCACGCUGGUCCCGAGGGAGGGAAGAAGCACCAUCUUUGACAAUGACGAGGGACAUACAGAGCAUCGAAACACCGGUAUGUCUUUCAGCAAGAUCAAGAAAGAGCUGGAGAAAUCUACAGGCAGUGUAAGAGGCCGGGGUGCAAGACGUAAGCAUGCCUUUGUCGACAGAAGCCAGGCUGAAGAAGGAAGGAGGUUUGAAGGAAGUUGUAAGGAUAGUCACCAGGGAAGACGUCGUUCUUUCAAAGAAAAGACGUCAGAGAAAGUUGACAAGAAGAACAAAGCACAUUCAAGACCUGGACAGAAGUAUACUACUAGUACCUCACAGCAUGAGACGAAGAGGUCACCCGAGGACAAAGGUGAGAGGUCAAGUACAUGGCCGCCAGUGUUCACCUAUGCUCAAGUCCUCACAGAGGGAAAGUCGCAAAGAGAAGGUGGUGGUAAAGGAAAAUCUGCACCUAAAGACAGUACGGGAAAAGAGUCUAAGACAAAAUCAGUACAUAAAACACAGAAGCCUGUGCGGCAAUACAAGUCUGAACAUGACACAAGAUAUGGGACUGAAGAGCAAGCAGUUGGCUUUAAGACUAAAGACAACAGGAAAGAAGAUUUCUGUACACCCCAUCCAAAUGAAGCCGAACAUUCUGGGAACAGGAAAUCUGCACCUAAAGACAGUACGGGAAAAGAGUCUAAGACGAAAUCAGUACACAAAAUACAGAAGGAGGUUGUUCAGCAAUACAAGUCUGAACAUGACAUGAAGAAUGGGACUGAAGAGCAAGCAGUUGGCUUUAAGACUAAAGACAACAGGAAAGAAGAUAUCUGUAAGUCCCAUUUAAAUGAAGUCGAUCGGCAACAUGCUGGGAACAGGAGAAGGCAGAACCAUUGGCCAGACCUCUUCAAACAAAGGCCGAAAAGAGAGAACCAACGUCAUCAAAAUGAGAGAAAGGACCUGAGAGAUUCGGAGGAGUCCAGGGCAAAAGGUUCCCCUAGCAGCCUUGAAGAAAAAGGGCAGAACCAGUGUCCUGACCACUUCAAACAGAGACCAAAAAGAGAGAACCAACAUCAUCAAAAUGAGAGAAAGGAGUUGAGAGAUUCAGAGGAGUCCAUUGCAAAAGGUUCCCCUAGCAGCCUUGAAGUGAAGUGCAGGUGCGGGCUCCAAGAGAAACUACCAAGGAGCAACUUUCGUAAACAAAACACCAACCAGAGGCCAAGGAAGCAAAAAAACUUCGCAGAAAAAAAGUGCUUCUGUGGACUACCCCAUGUAGAAGAAGAUAUCCCAAAAUCCAACAAGUCUUCACAAGUUGCAAGUUCUGGGAAAAUCUCGGAGGAUUCAGCGAGAGGUCACUUGAGGUCACGACCCUCCUCAGCCAAAUAUGGAGUACUGAGCACCCAGGAUGGAAGGAAGAAAAGAGACGGACCAAAAGACGAAAGGAAGACAGACAAACCCAAGAAGGAUGCGCAAGAAGAAGGUCUAGAUGUCAGCAUUGAGGAGUUGCUACCAUACAAGAAUGACGCCUACAAGUACCUGUUCACCCCCGUUACCAACAUGGACUCUUCCACUGCGGAAGAGUAUGAUAAACUGAUAGUCAUGUAUAACCAGGAGUAUUUCCAACAGAAAAAAGGAGACUGA